UCUGAUGAACCUCAAUCUGACACCUCAAACCAAACAUCCUUCGCAAGCUUGUGCAGCCGCGUCGCGCCGCACACCUGCACUGCACCUGCGCUGCGCCCACCAGCACCUUCACGCAUACUCCACUCCCGCUCGCUCCCCGCCUCCGAUUCCCAGAUCUGAACUGCUCUCGCGCCCCGAUUCCGCGUCCGCGUCCGCGCCCAAACCCCAACCCCACGAUCCCAAUGCGCAGGGGCCCCGGCGAGGCAUCGCUCCGCCGCCGGCGCGGCCCGGCGCGGCUGUGGGUCGCCGUGGCGGCGCUGGUGGCGGGGACCAUCUGGCUCUGCUCCUCCUCCUCCCUCGGCCUCACCCGCGCCUCCUACAGAGUCCAGAUUCAAAUGGUUGGAGAGCAUCUUCUGCACCACGCUCCUAUUGGCCUCCCCCACCAACUGAGUCUGAGAGCAAUGGGUACUUACGUGUCCGGUGCAAUGGUGGCUUAAACCAACAACGUAGUGCAAUAUGUAAUGCUGUUGUCGCUGCAAGAAUAAUGAAUGCUACACUAGUGCUGCCAGAGUUAGACACAAAUUCAUUCUGGCGGGAUGAGAGUGGUUUUUUAGGUAUUUAUGAUGUUCCCCACUUUAUCAAGACAUUAAAAUAUGAUGUUCGGAUUGUUAUGAGCAUUCCAGAAGUCACUACAAAUGGAAAGACCAAGAAGCUCAAAGCCCAUCAGAUUCGACCACCUCGAGAUGCACCAGUAACUUGGUAUACAAUAGUUGCUUUGGAGAAGAUGAAGAAGUAUGGGGCUAUAUAUCUAACUCCAUUUUCACACCGUUUGGCAGAAGAUAUUGAUGAUCCAGAGCUCCAGAGAUUGAGAUGCAGGGUGAACUACCACGCACUACGAUUCAAGCCUCAUAUCAUGAAAACAAGCAGUGAGAUAGUGAAUAAGCUCCGUUCAGAAGGCCAUUUCAUGUCAAUUCAUCUUCGGUUUGAGAUGGAUAUGCUUGCAUUUGCUGGGUGCAUUGACAUAUUCACACCUCAAGAACAGAAAAUUCUUAUGAAGUACCGGAAGGAAAAUUUUGCAGAAAAGAAACUUGUCUAUAGGGAAAGAAGGCUCAUUGGAAAGUGCCCUUUAACUCCAGAAGAGGUAGGUCUUAUUCUACUUACCAUGGGAUUUGACAAUACAACACGCAUUUACCUUGCUUCUGGCGAGCUCUUUGGUGGGAAACGCUUCAUGAAGCCAUUUAAGGUCAUGUUUCCACGCCUAGAAAACCACAGCACGGUUGGACCUGGAAAGCUGGAAGAAAAUACCCGAGGGUUAGCGGGAUCGGCAGUUGAUUACAUGGUCUGUCUCCUGUCGGACAUUUUUAUACCCACAUAUGAUGGCCCAAGCAACUUCGCAAACAAUCUAAUGGGCCACCGCCUAUACUACGGUUUCCGGACCACAAUCACACCAAACAGGAAGGCCCUUGCUCCGAUAUUCAUGGACAGGGAGGAAGGCCGUGCAGCUGGUUUUGAGGAGAGGGUCAGGCAAGUCAUGUUCAACAUGCAUUUUGGUGGCCCCCACAAGCGCAUUCAUUCAGAAUCUUUCUACACAAACUCAUGGCCAGAGUGCUUCUGCCAGACGAAUGCUAGGAAUCGUGAAGACCAUUGCCCACCUGAAAAUAUAAAUGAGGUUCUGGAAAGUCAGUUCCAGAGUGAAGAAGAUAUGGAUUUAGUGGAAGCCACCAAUCAGACUGACCCAACCAGCCAAACAGAAUAGACAAUGAUUUAACUGAGAUAGAACUAUUAUUGCUUGAGAACACAUCGGAUACUUGGAUCGGUGAUCAGAAACCAGGAUACGAUAUUUCUAGAGGAAUGGAUGCUUGAUGGCUCAAGAUCACUACAGGUGAUUCUGUUUAUGCGGAUCAUUUGAGAUGACGAGCUGUUACUGGGAGAGCAUGGUACUAAAUUUUGGUUAGAUUCGGUCAAAUAGGUUUUUUUUUGGGAGAAAGUCAUAUGUAUUAAUGGUUUUCGUCGCACUGACGAGUGCAGAAUGGUAUGAAUUGUGAGGCUACAAUAGUUGGGAUCCCUUUAGAAAAGCUGUGUUAUAGCCGAAUGUUUAGUAACUCUAGUUAUAUCAGCGUAUGCUUUUUCCCA